GGAUGCACUGUGUGUAUGACGGGAGAGCAAGAGGAAGUUUCUCCUGAAGGAAAGGAAGAGACUGGUUAAAAGAGUAAACUGACCUUGUUACUGUGAGCUUUGAUUCUGCGUGUUUGGCUGUGUUUUGCUGGAGGCUCUCUUAAAUAGAGUCAAGAUGGAUGCGAUAGUGGAAACCCCUGAGAUGCCUGCUGUCUUUGAUGGAAUGAAAUUGGCAGCCGUAGCUGCUGUUCUAUACAUUAUUGUGCGUUGUUUAAACCUGAAGAAUCCAACUGCUCCACCUGAGCUUCUGUAUCAGGACACUGCUUUGACUCGCUACCUAUUGAAAUCUUGCCCCUUGCUGACCAAAGAGUACAUUCCACCUCUUAUCUGGGGAAAAAGUGGACAUAUCCAAACAGCCCUGUAUGGAAAGAUGGGCCGAGUUAGUUCACCAAAUCCAUAUGGACUAAGAAAGUACCUUACAAUGCCUGAUGGAGCUACAGCAACGUUUGAUUUGUUUGAACCAUUAGCCGAACAUUGCACAGGAGAGAAUGUCACCAUGGUAAUCUGUCCUGGAAUAGCCAAUCAUAGUGAGAAGCAGUAUAUUCGAACCUUUGUUGACUAUGCUCAGAAAAAUGGCUACAGAUGUGCUGUGCUGAAUCACCUUGGAGCUCUGACAAAUAUUGAAUUGACUUCUCCACGAAUGUUCACUUACGGAUGCACAUGGGAGUUUGGAGCUAUGGUAAACUACAUCAAGAAGGCCUUUCCUCAAACUAAGUUAAUCGUUGUAGGCUUCAGUCUUGGAGGAAACAUUGUUUGCAAAUAUCUUGGCGAGAAUCCAUCCAACCAAGAGAGAGUUCUGUGUUCUGUCAGUGUUUGCCAGGGGUACAGUGCAUCCCAUGCGCAGGAUACAUUUCUACAAUGGGAUCAAUUAAGACGGUUUUACAAUUUUCUAAUGGCUGACAACAUGAAGAAAAUCAUCCUGUCUCACAGACAUAUGCUCUUUGGUGAUAGCAGUAAAGUAAACCAAGUUUUAGAAGACACAGAUUUAAGCCGACUCUAUACAGCAACUUCUUUAAUGCAGAUAGAUGAUGUUGUAAUGAGAAAAUUCCAUGGUUACAAGACUCUUAAGGAAUAUUAUGAAGCUGAAAGCUGCAUUCGUUAUUUGCACAAUAUUCACAUUCCCCUCAUUCUGGUUAAUUCAGUGGAUGAUCCUUUGGUACAUGACAGUCUGUUAACAAUUCCAAAGACUCUUGCUGAAAAAAAAGAAAAUGUUGUGGUGGUAUUGCCUUUACACGGAGGGCACCUUGGCUUCUUUGAGGGUGCUGUUCUAUUUCCAGAACCACUAACAUGGAUGGACAAACUUAUAGUACAGUACUCCAAUGCCAUUUGCCAGUGGGAGAGACAUAAAUCUCAGUGCUCUGAUGGGGAGCAGGCUGCUGAGUCUGAUCAUAAAUGAAAUUAGCUCUUCAAUCGCCUUCCCAAAGAGACUAUAGAUUUACCUACAGAGACCAUACUUUUUAGGGGAAUCUUUUUACUUUUUUUCUGAUACUAUUUAGGGGUCUGCCCACUGUAACUCAACUUGGAAAGAGGCCAUGUCCCCACUGUGAGUCUUUCCAGUUCACACAGUUCUCUUUGGUUUGAUAUCUGCAGUGCUUUAAUUAGUAGUUAUUGUUUUCUUGAUGUAUUUCCCAUUGGGUGCUUCACUCACAUUUCCAUGUACAGGCAUAGUAAACCCUCUUUAAGUCAAUAUUAUAUGGAACUGUUUCUGUAGGAUUUGCUUAGAACUGAAUUCCAGCAAAUUGUUAAGAAUUCUGUGUGAAAGUUUUACAUAAUGGGCUGAAUGAAUAUAUUGUAUAUCUAUAUAUAGAUAGAUAGAUAUAGGUAUAUAUCUAUAUAUAAUAAUGUCAAAGCUAAUACCAGGUCAUUGCUUGUCGCACUAGCAGACCUUGACCGUGUUUCCAGAAGGACACUUGCUUUGUCUGGUGCCUAGUAAGCUUUAUGUGCCAGUGUGGGCUGCAAAAUUGCACAGUCCUCUUGCACCUUAGGGGGCAAUACUUGGUGUAUGUAUAUAUAUCAAGGUAAAGCACCAACCUACUGGAGGCUGAACUUAGUAUAGUGUUAGAAUUAUAUUAUGUUGUGUUUUCUUUAUUUUUUGACUCAAAGGGAACAACUGAUAAAGAAGAGGUUACCUUUUGAACCUUACUCUUUAUGCAGUGGAACCUGUAAAAGCACUUAUUUUAUUUUGUUCUGCAUUUACCAAAGCUGUUUUGAUAUUUAAGUUGCAUAGAUUUGUUCUCUAUAUUUAAUUUCUAAAUGUAAUAUGUUCUUUGGCAAAGAUUUAUCACCCUGUAGAGCUUUGCAUUUCACCCCACUUAUAAAUGUUCUCUCCAAGAAGAGUAAAGAAACAUUGGGUUGAUGAAUAAGCCUACUAUCAGAAACUGUAGCUAUAAGCCCUGUGAUAAGGUGGUAGGAGCUGGUUGCAUUCAACGUCUUUAUUUUAAAAGAACUUAUUACUAGGCCUAAACUGGCAAUCUUGUGGGUUCUGGCCAAUGGCCAAGUGGCUGCUGUAAGAUGCCAUAGACAGUCACUAUUUUUUGGGCCUGUGGGGGGCCGUUUGGUUCUCUAUGUACUUGAAAUGCUAGAUUGUCCUGAUUUGUUGGCAAUCUCCACAAGAUAGCAGACAGCCUGGUCUCCUAAUUAAUUGAUAUUUUAUUAAUAUCGACCAUAACAUUAUAAAGAAUACACCAAAAUUAUUUUUACCCAAGAUAAACAAAUAGCACAGAUAUUUUGAUCUAAGGAAACCUCAGAAAAUAAGGUUGUUGAAUGAGGUUAGGUCUUUCCAUUAAACUGAACAUGCAGUCUGCUUUGCUGCAUUUGAAUGACUGUAGUGCCAUUGAAUUCUAAGACUGCUUGUGUUAGUUUGCCUUUAUGUAGGGUGCCUAGUACAGCCCAUAAUCAGACAUAAUCCUCCUCCUUUAUAUAUGAUCUGGAACCUCUUUGUGGUGAGGAUAUGCCUUAUUACUCAUAUAUUUUUGUCUUGUUUUGCAAGACACUGCAGUAACCUAGUCUAACCAGGCAUAGUGGUUGUUUUUGUUUUCUAUUUGGUGUUGAUUUUUCAAUUGGAUAUCAGGUUCUGUACUUCCUUCUUUAGAAAAAGAAUGGUUAAUAUGGUCUGACUCUUUCUUAUUUACUGUUUAAAAUGUUCUGUGUAGUGUAUUACUCUUCCUUAAAUAGCCUGUAAUUUGUGAAGGCACGCAUUUGCUUAUAAUUAUAUACCUGAGUACAAGCUUCCAUACUGUUAGCUUCAGCUGAGGUGCAGAAUAGUUGUUCAGCAUUUAGCAUCACCAUUGCUGUUAUGACCUACAAAUUGAGAGUUUCUACUAAAGGAAUGAGGCCUUCUCUGCACAAUCACAAUUAUACAUCAAUUAUAAUUUAUGUGUAAUUGCAAAUAUGCAGCGUGCCUUUGCUAUUACCGGUAUAUUUAAGUGGAUAUUAAUGUAAUUAUAACUCAUAAUUUCAAAUGUGGUGUUUCUUUCUCAGGACUCCACCCUAUAAGAGACUUGUGUUCUCAGCCACACUUUUUUAUUUGCUCAAGACACCUUAAUAUUUUUUUGUGUAGCUCUAGUUUGAGAUUGGGCUGUAUUUUGUGACAUAAAAGGCUGGUCAUAUUUAGGGCGAUUAGUCACCACGACUUUUAAUUAAGACAGUCGCCGUUACUAAUCGCUACAAAAAGGCGUGGCGCCCCGUGUCUUCACCCUUAGAGUUCCAUUGGAAGGUUUGUGUUGCCUGCAGUACUGAAAGAAAUAAGGAGUCGCACAGUUUUGUUUAUUGUCCUGUGCUUUGUUGUAAAUGUAUAUGUGUGUAUGUAUAUACACACAUAUACAUUUAUACACAUAUACAUACUGUUCACUUGUUUUUCCAUAUCUAUAAACUCGAAGAGGCAUUUAUUCUGCCUUAAACUGCCAUACCCAUUAAAGAUAAAUGUAAUGAGCUGUAAGUGAAAUGGGAGAGCCAGAAGGGGAACAUGACCCAUCACACAAUGAUCUGGAGCUUGGGCAAGCUGUCUUCACGCGUAACUAGUAAAAUUAGAGCUGACGUGAUAGGAUUACCUGGAAAUGCUUUAAUUUUUUACAUGUUGCCAUUGGGAAUAAGCACAUGGAAACAAAAUAAAUCUGUGCUUGCGUUUGGCAGAUCUGCCUGUUCAUUACUUAGUUCUCCUGUGACACACUGAAACACCUGCUCGCUGCUGUACUGGCUUUGUUGCACGCUGCCCUUAUUGUGGCACGGACAUAGCCCACAAUGCACUCUGCUAAACUAUGUGCAAGCAGUUAAUUCUAUACAUCCCUUCCUUUCUGUUGCACUGGCUUAUACGUGGGACCUGGUCAUUGAUUGGUGUAAUGUUUGAUUCAGUAAUUGCAAGGUUUCUGCCCAUUGAAUUGGUGGUGCAACGUUCCAGAAUGACUAUUUAUUAGGUUUAAUAGUGUGUUUAUUUCUUUCAAUUUUGUUUGCAGCAGUGUUGAUUUUGUUUUUGCUUUCUAUUUACCCUAUUAAAGCCUGGUUCUUAACCUUGGGCACCCAUUUGUUUUUGGACUACAAUGCCUCUCACCCUUCAAUAUAUAACCAAAGGUUAAAGCAUGCUGGGAUUUGUAGUCCAGCAGUAUCUGGCCCAAGAUUAAGAAACGCAGUCUUAAAGCAAUCUGCCAUUUAACACUCAGGCAUAGUGCUGCUUCCGCAGACCAAAGUGUUAAUGGUUGGCCUGCAUUAAGGGUACUGCUGGAACAAAGACGGAAUUUAUACCUGUCCCAAGUGCACUGCUUAGUUUCUGCUGUGGUGAUUGUACCAUGGUGCUUGUUAAUGAAAUACAAGUCUGGCUGAUAGAUUGUGAUUCUGAGUGUUAGAAUUUUAUAAUUUUGCAUCUGUUGAUUACAGUGUGACGUCUUCAUAUUUGGAUAUAACUGCUAAGCCUUCAGAAAAGGGUACUAGCCAAUGUUUCCACUAUGGGAUACACUCAUUAAUUUAAGAGCAGAAAGCUAAAAUGGUGCUCAGAGAAAUGAUAGCAUUUACACUUACCUGGACCCCCCAUGUCUCUGCAUAUACUUUUAAAAAGUUAAUUUUUACACACAAUGGGUAAAAGGAAAUAAAAUGGGAAACAUUAGUAUGAGCACUUAUAAUAAGGCUUUAUUUUAGCACUUUUAUUUGUUUAUCCAAAAGUAACAAAGUUUUCCAGUUUCCCUGGAUAUUAUGAUACCUAUAGUUUAACAUUAAGCACAUGGGCAGUUUCUCCUAAAGCCCUUCAUUGGGCAAAGGCAUUUUAUCCAGGCAGGAAGAUGAACUGAUGAUGCAUUUGUCCCCCUUCAGGGGAUAGUUUGUGGUGUUGUAAAAUAUUUUUAUUCAAGAUUAAAAUUUGUUUCUGGGAUGAGCAACAUGUGUUCCUACAGAUAUUGCUGCACUUCAUCACUCAUUGUCAGUGGGAUUCCAGAGCUAUAGGUCAGUAUGACUGAGAGCUGCAGGUUGCACUACGCUGCCCUGUUUUAUAAACAUUAUAUUAUUGGCAAACCUACUACACCUGUCUAUCUAGUUGUCAGGAUCCUUUGCAAAGUGAAAGGGCCUCACACAUAAAGGGUAACCUAACGUUACUUAGCUUGAAUUUAUAAAAUGAUCAGGCUGAGUACAGUUGUGUUUGGUGCAAAGGUGUUUUUUUUGUUCCUCUUUUGCCCCUUCUUAUACCCAAAAACUGAGAUCUUUCUAUGUUUAAUAAUCCUGAGUUUGAAAAGUAGCAGUAACAUACACGACUUGUGCCCUCACUUUUGUAUGAAAUAGCUGCUAGGAUAAAACUGUACAUAUUUGUCCCUAGGCAAGAAAGCAGUUCCCAGAUAUAAUUUAAUAAUGCAAAAUGCAAAUACGCAAAAGGCACAAUACAUGAACCAGUGAUAUUGAACUUAGACUGUAAGAAUAUAGAGUUUUAUCAUUCUAAUAAAGACAAUGAAUCUUUGUGUGUAGCUGCUGUUAAUUUGACUACCUAGUGAGAUAUACAAUAUUGUGUGCACAUUUCUAUUGUAUUUGUGUCAGCGCAACAUGGGCCCUUAGUUUGUGGCAUAUUUGCCUUUCAUGACUGAUUGAAGGAUCUGAUUGUUUCAUGUUUUUUGUCUGAAUUAAAGGCGCACACAAGAGAGAGAUUAGCCUCUUCUGAGACAUUGUGGGGUUGGACUGAAUCAUUUGUUGAAGCUGUUUAGAUGCUGGUGACUUUCCUAAACCUUUCCAGCAAUGUUUUUUUUUUUUUUUCUUUCAUAAUAUUAAUGUUGAGUCUCAUCUCACUGAAUACAAUCACAAAAUCAAGUUCUCUGACCAAUGAUCCAACUCCUCCUCCUAUUUUUUGUUUGUGUUUGCGAUAUGAUUGUAGCCUUGUUGUAUUUCUCUAAAACAUUACCUCCAUGCAGUUUUGUUUACAGAAUUUUUUUGUGUGUGUAGUUUCUAAGUUGGCAAAACCAAGGCACCAUUGUUCUGGGCAAUCAGUUUUUCUUACUUUUGAUAAAUGCUUCAAAAUGAUCGGUUGGUGAUUUGGCAUCUUACACAGUAGCAGUGCUGUCCAAAUUCACAGUGUGUUUGGCUGCUAUUUAUUCAUUAAAUGAACCAUUGAUAUUAGUAUAUAUUAGUAGAUGGAGCCAUUGAAUAAGCAGGGGGCUAGUAAAGAAAAUCCUUAGAGGCUGUAUCUAGCUGUAGUCCAAAGGAUCAACUAAUCUGAUCAACCAUUGUGUGGCCAGUUUUUAAGGUAAAUGGGGCUAAAACAGUGGUGGACAUUGACACACAGGGAGUGGCCACGGAUGGACCUUUAUCGAAAAACGUGAAUGUUUUUGCCCAGAGUUCUGCCUUUGACAGCCCCGUGUGCGUGAGCCAGAGCUCUUUUUCAGUAAAUGAUGUUAUGAGCAGUGACAGACUGUUUUUUGCCAGACAAAAGUGAUAGUGAAAAUGCCCUGUGUGCCAUUGACCUAAGGUUUAUAGAGGCAGGUAGCCCAGUAUGUGCCCUCUCGCUGAACACCUGAUGCAUUUGUACAUUCGCUCUCCAUUAUUUUUGUUCCAAAUUUUUUUUUUUCGACUUGAUAAUUAGUUUUUAAUAGGGCAGCAUUUAUGGCAGUUCAAAAGAAGCCUUUGAGGACAUGCCUAAAACAUUGGGAGAUUUUGCUAAAGGCAUCUAACCCAUCACAGGAUUUCAGAGAGAGAAACCAAACUCUUCACGUGGAAAAAAAAGUACUAUGAUAAUUUAACAAAAAUUGGAAUUUCCACUUGCAUUUCUGCGCUGUUGCCACUUCUGCAAGUUUGUUCUGUUUUUAGGGGAAAUAUCCAUUAAUUUCCAGCCUCAUUGGCAAGUAGGGAAAAAGCCUUUUUGGAGCAAGCCAUAUCUGUAGGUUUUGUUGAGGUGCUGUCUUUCCAAACUGCCACCAUCCUUACAACGAUAUUCCCUCAUCUCACCUUCCCCCCUUGCAUAUUACAUAAACAACAUUCAAUAGACAUUACAUUAUUGCUAAUUAACCUAUACAAGUAGCGCCUUAUAAUUGAGGUGAUAUAUACAUACAACGUAAUGUUCUAUUACUCUUCCUCUGUUUUCUUUUCCUCCAACACGACUGCCUUACUACGCACUAAACAAUCAACCUGGGUGCAGAAGUGUGCAGCUGGAUGUGAUUCAUUUACUUGGUUGUCUUGCUCCUGAUCAUUAAGGAAAAACACAGGAUUUCUUAUCCUAUUUUGAACUGAAAUGCUGCCCUAGAAAGGUUUUAGUGCAGGCCUAGGUCUUGUAGAGAUUGAGAAUUGCAACUAACAAUGCAAUAUAUAUUCUAUACAUUGUAAAAAAAAAAAACAAAAAAAAAAACGAUUUACUUUAAAAAUGUCUAUUUUCUUUUACUUACUAUUCAUUUUUGUUACUUUGAUUUUGUGAUCCUGAAAAUGUUCACUGCAAUCAGAAAAUUUCAAUUUGUUAACUCUGACCUUACAGAAAUGAAUAUAUGAAAAAUAAAAAAUAAAAAAGUUUCAUGUA